AGCGGAGCCUCACAUCAAAUUCACCCUACCCCACCGGCCGGCCCUUGGCCGAUGCGCCGAUAAGCGAUAAGACCGUUAAUCUUAGCUUAUAUUUAAACUCCGAGACGGAGACGCCAUCCACAUGCGCCUCGAGGGACCGAGGUAGUCGACUACAAAGACAAGUCGCGAUGGACCUAAGUCAGCUCGCCGCUGGCCAGACCACCAUCGAGACCUCGUUCAAGGCUGUGGUCGACCUUGUCUCCGACGAUGAAGCGCUGGUGGGGGAGCGCGAAGUGAGCCCCGAGCCCGCGACUGAGGCGCUUGAGGCGGAUGAGGACGAGGACGACGAUAACGAUUACGAGAGUGGAAGCGUCACUUCGGGGGAGGUUUGGGAGACUGAGUCGCUGUUUGAGGAUGCCUUGGAGGAGAUUGGAGAUGGAGAGCUUCAGGGUGGAGACGAUGUCUGCACGCUCGAGGAAGCGCGCGAGUACCGCCGCCUUCUGCGCGACAGCGGCCCUACAAUCUUCUGCGGGACUACUGUCGAGGCAGGGAAAGUCACGGCAAAGAAACUCAUAACGGCGUUUGGCAUCAAGCCCCCCGCAUUCCUCGAGGGCGCGCCCGACAUGGCGUACUACAGUCUUCUUUCGAUGGCCCUGAGCCGCGAACUGUCCAAGCGAUCAAAGCUACCGAGUUACAAUACAAUCGACGACGUGGUCAAGCUCCUCAACAAAUGCAACAACAUCAUCGUCCUCACAGGAGCCGGAAUAAGCACCUCCCUCGGGAUCCCCGACUUCCGCUCCAAAGACGUCGGGCUCUACGCCAAGCUGGAACACCUCGGCCUCUCCGACCCACAAGAAGUCUUCGACAUCGCCCUCUUCAAAGAAGACCCCUCCAUCUUCUACAGCGUCGCGCGGGACAUCCUCCCCACCACAUCUCGCUUCACCCCGACCCACGCCUUCAUCAAGCUCCUCCAGGACAAAGGAAAGUUGCUCACAAACUACUCCCAAAACAUCGACAACAUCGAGGGCGUAGCGGGCGUAAAGCCAGAGAAGCUAAUCCAAUGCCACGGCUCCUUCGCCACUGCGUCUUGUACGAAAUGCGGCGCCCAAGUCGCGGGUGAAGCGAUCUUCCCCGACAUCCGCGCUGGCCUGAUCCCGCGCUGCAAGCGCUGCGUGCAGUAUCUCCGCGCGGCUGCGGCACCAGCUGCUAUGAAGCGGAAACGCUCUGCUAAUGGCAGUGAGCCGAAGAAGCGCAAGAAGGCGGAGUAUGAGGAUAGUAGCUCCGAGGAGGGAGGGGACGAUGAAUACGACCUCCCCGAGGCCGGUGUGAUGAAGCCAGACAUCACGUUCUUCGGGGAAGCGCUCCCGGAUACGUUUCAUGAUCGCCUGACGCAGCAUGAUAAGGACAUAGUGGACCUGGUGAUCGUGAUCGGGACGAGUCUCAAAGUCGCGCCUGUGUCGGAGGUGGUUCCUUUCCUCCCAGCGCAUAUCCCGCAGAUCUACAUAUCGCGCGAGCCGGUGAAACAUGUUAAUUUCGAUGUUGACAUGUUGGGGGACUGCGAUGUGGUGAUCGCGGAGUUGUGUCGGCGCGCGGGAUGGGAGUUGGAGCAUGAGAUGAUUCCGAAGGGGCAGGUGGUUGAUGUGCAGCUCGUGGAGGAGUUUGAGAGUCGUUGGAAGAUGGUGGAGGUGAAGAAGGGGGAUGUGAAGAAGGAGAAGGUGUUGGAGCUGGAGCUGGAGCUGGAGCUGGAGAAGGAGUUGGAGUAGGGAGUUAUGGCUUAUGGCUUACGGAAUAUCACGUGGAAUGAAUGCUUGAGCGUGGCGUUCGUGGGAGGGGGUUAUAUAUGGCGCGUUGGCGCUGGGGAUGUGGGAAAUCUGAGCAACUGAGCAUUGGAGGGCUUUGAGCGGGUAGCUGUUGUUGUUCGUCGUUCGUCGCUAUGGCUUCGGCUUUGGCUUUGGCGUUGGGGAGAAGGGCUCAACUUGAGGGACUAUGAGCUUGCAUACUGAGCUGGCGCAUACAUUUCAAGAGACGGGGAGUUGUUCAUCUUAGCGUAGCAUUAGAUAGGACAGUUAACAGUUGUUUUUUCG